GGAAAAAACAUGGGAGGCUGUAAAAAGGGCCAAGCGUGAAAGGUUUCUCAGAUAAAACCCCUCACUUACUUCAUUGGUCUUUCUUUCUCUGUCUCUCUCUUCCUCUUACUUGCAGAGUAAUACAAAUAUUAAUAUACCCAGAGACGAGUGUUGGGGAAACUGCUGAAAGAGUAUAAAAUGAGAUUGAGAUUUGCUGUGUUUUUUAUGGUAUUAUGAUGAAAUUAGAAUUCAUUUUCUUCUUCUUCAUUGAAAGCUAUGGCACUGCAAGAAGAGACUCAGCGGAUUCAAAGCCCAGCUUUGAUUCUUGAUGGGCUGUAUUGUGAAGAAGAAGAUUUAGGAGAGUAUAGUUUUGAAGAAAAUGGAAGUGAAAUUUGUGGUGAAACACUGAAAAAGGAGACAAUUUUACCUUCAUUUUUUAUUGAACAUGACUUAUUCUGUGAAGAUGAUGAGUUACUCUCUUUAAUGUCUAGAGAGAAAGAAACCCAUCUUUGUUACAUUGAUGUUAACUCAGAUGAGUCUUUAGUUUUGGCUCGCAAAGAAGCUUUGGAGUGGAUUUUCAAGGUUAAGGCACACUAUGGGUUCAAUGCUUUGACCAUAGUUCUCGCUGUGAAUUACUUUGAUAGGUUCAUUUCAAGCUUGAAGUUUCAGAAGGACAAGCCAUGGAUGGGACAAUUAGCUGCUGUCGCUUGUUUGUCUUUGGCUGCCAAGGUUGAAGAAACCCAAGUGCCACUUCUUUUAGACCUCCAAGUGGAUGAAUCCAAGUAUGUGUUUGAUUCAAAUACCAUACAAAGAAUGGAGCUUUUGGUGCUGUCAACUCUGCAAUGGAGGAUGCAUCCGGUGACUUCAAUUUCAUUCUUUGAUCACAUUACAAGGAGGCUUGGAUUGAGGACACAUCUGCAUUGGGAGUUCCUCCGUAGGUGUGAGCGUUUGCUUCUCUUUCUCAUUGCUGAUUCGAGGUUCAUGCCUUAUAUUCCUUCUAUCUUAGCUGCUGCAACAAUGCUGCAUGUUAUUAAAGAGGUUGAACCAUACCAUUAUCUUGAAUAUCAGAAACAGCUUAUUGGAGUACUCAAGACAUGUGAGGAUAAAGUAAAUGCCUGCUACAAGCUCAUCUUAGAGUUAUUGGAAAGCCAUUGCAAAGGAAACCAAGGCCACAAACGCAAGCAUAGAUCAAUACCAAGCAGUCCUAAUGGUGUCAUUGAUGCAUUUUUUAGCUGUGAUAGCUCAGAUGAUUUGUGGGCUGUGACAUCUUCGGUCUCACCAUCACGACAGCUACCGUACAAAAGGAGUAGAGCAGAGGACCAGCACAUGCGGCUACCUUCACUAAAUCGUAUGUUUGUGGAUGUGCUUAGUAGCCCUCCUUAAUCUUUCCAUGUCAUAAUAACUAGUACUAUUUAACAUGUUAUCAUUCAAUUUCUCUGUUGCAUAUUAUCGGCAAUUUAUGUUCUUAAUGUGCAACAAUAUGUGUUUCAUAACUUAUUAUUGCCUUAAUGGCCAAAUGUGCUAACAUGGAUCAGAAGUGGAUUGAUAUCUGCUAAAGUCCUCUUUGAUUCGACUUUGGAGGUCAGUUGGGAGUUUGCAAAUGAGCAAUUGGGAUUCUGGAUUCCCAUAGUUUUACCAUAUAAAAACCAGGGAGUUCUUUCUACUAGGUUAAACAGAGCAUCAAAAGUCCCUGGAGAACAGCCAAAUUCCCAAAUUCCCACUAGCAGGCUGUUCUCCUACCUUCCCAGGAGUGACUUUCCUCUCUUCCUAAAAUAAUACUUGUUAUAUAGCUGUCAUCUGACCUAAGGCCUUCUUAUCUAUUCUGACACUGCUUUUUCCUUGUUUACAUGUCUUGGGGCCUUAAUUAUCCUUACUUUGUAAUUCCGAAGUUUGUGGUGGUGUGUUCUUGGAUUUCCCAAUAUCUAAUACUGAAGAAUGAGCUAGCUCAAUACAUAAUUGUAUGUAAAAGUUAAAAAGGCAGAAAUUAUAAUCGCAAAAGAAGAACUUUGAAUGUAAAAAUGAUUUUAGUAAAUCUUUUCUAAUG